AAAGGGUAAUAUACGUAUGUCUUAGUCUAUACCCUCGUCUCGUAUUCACUUAUAUCCUUUACUUUCGUGCGCAAAAGCUUAAAGUGAAUGGGCAGUAUGUUCUCACUUUUAUACUGUUUUAUUGGGUCGUUUUUCAUAUUCACAUGUGCUCUUGCGAGCAAUGAAACAAGGAAUGGAAACAGGAGUUCUAUCAACGACUGCAUUCAUCUGACAGACAUGGCUCAAAUUUCACGACUGGGUGAAAUCUUUGAAAGCAAGCUCGUAAACAUCGUGGAUCUUCAUUUCUCUGUUGACAGUGAUUUUAAUGAAACAAUGUUUCAUCGUAUGCAAUUAACACUGGUUAACAUGGUAGGGUUAAAAAUUACAUUGUUGCUGGACUCGUAUCUUUUCAGUUAUAGUAAAGAUUUCACUUCGACAUUAAACGCUGGCCGUCGAAGCUUUGAAUUACAUGCCAAUAUAAGUCAUGAAGGAUGUGUUGGUCGAAAUCUCAGUAGCCUGGAUUUUGUGGACAGUUUAUUGCAACAGCUUCAAGAAAAAUAUUUUGCAUUGAAAAAGAUGAUUUACGAAGAGUGUCGAGAUAAUGCUUACAAGGAGAAACACUUAGAGACAAUUCGCCGUCAAAAAGGCCGUAACACAAAACUUGUGCCUGUAGUUUCCCGGAAACUCUAUCAUAAAAUCAGAGAAAGGCUCCUUCCGUACUACAAAAGCUUCUUCUAUUACAGUUUCACAGUCGUUACUCUGAUCAUUCCGCUUUCGACAAUUCUUUACGGAGAACUUGAAACCGUCAGAGAAAUCGAUGUUACACCCACAAAUAGUCUUCUGAUAUCGUUGAUGAUUGGCGUUCUCCCAUAUGCGUACAAUUCAAUAAUACAAGCAAGAAAUGGUGAAGACUGGAGGGCAGCGUGGAAAGAGGAAAUCAAAAUGAAUGUUAAAUGUAUGGUGCAAGAUAAUCCAGAUUUAGCUAAAACUAUUUUGGUAAUUCGUCCUGAUGGCACGGCUGAUGAUGAUGCAGAUGACGAGCAGCCUGAACAGGAAAUGGUACAGGACAGAACACUUUAUGAGACAAGUGUUUAGAUAGUUUCAGUCAAAAUGAACAAUAACAUUAGUUGUUUGGGACAGGCGAAACUUUAAACUGCCUUUUAAACGACUAGCCUUUUUCAAAUAGGCUGUCGACAAUGGCGGUCCCGGGUUAAUUAAGGCUGCUUUCCACUUAACCUUUUUUCUUACGCACGUGUACCCACGGAAAAUUUUGAAUGCUUCUAAAUUUUUAUUACUUUUAAGGUCAAAUGCAUAUAAAAACUAAAGGCCCUUUUCCACUCAUCGCGAGAAGCCACUCGGAGCCUCGCUCGAGUGUUUGCAUGUAAUUAAAAUCAAUCAAAGCAUUUUCAUUGGAUCAAAACCCUCGCAGCAAGGCUCCGAGUUCGCCAUUGGGAUGAGUGGAAGAUACAGCCUUAAAGAUACAAUAAAAGUAGCCCUUGCAUAUAACCUACAAUAUUAAUAAAUAUAUUCAUUUAAUAAUAAUUAAAUAUAUUCAGUAUGUAUGAUUACAAUUGAAUAUACAAUAUCAUUACAGAAAUUGUAGUUAAGAACGUAUAGAUUUCUUAAAUAUGUAAUAUUAUAGACAUAGUCGUUGUAUACUCAGGAUACAGUCUGGCUUAAAGAUACAAUAAGUAGCCCUUGCAUAUAACCUACAAUAUUCAUAUAAAUAUAUUCAUUUGAUAAUAAUGAAAUAUAUUCAGUAUGUAAGA